AUGGGCUCCUUAGAGGAAGGACGCGCUAACCAGGGAUUUUUUGGAAGCUCUAGCGCUGCGGGAUUCAUGCGCCAGAUAAAAAUAGCAGUUGAUAGAAGGGUCUCCUCGCCAGAACGACAUCCUUCAAGUUCCAAUAGAGCUCUCGGCUCUAGUCUUCUCUCCAACCGCAACGAAAAGCAUCAAUCCACUGUUGCGGCAUAUGUUUUACCGCCACGGAGAACAGCCGACUCUUUAAUGGAGGUAUAUUGGGAUUACGUUUUCCCUUUAUAUCCAUUUCUUGACAGCGGGCUCAUGAAGGGUGAAUAUACCAAAAUAUGGCGAGGGGAUAGCUUGCAAUACGAUGAAAACAUGGUAAUGUGUACAUUCAAUGUAAUAUUCGCCCUUGCGAGUCAAUUGGCCGACUUCGUUCCGCCGCGAGAGCGAGAGGCUGCGGCAGAUGCUUUUUUCUCGCGUGCGAAGGGGCUUUUUCAGUUCAAUCUGUGGGCUACAGGAUCUGCGGGCCUUAUUCAAUGCCUUCUAUUAAUGGCACAAUACUUACAAAGUACAGACUCGGCACAUCAGUGCUGGAUUGUCACUGGUUUGGCCAUCAGGAACGCGCAAAGCCUGGGUCUUCAUCUUCCGCAGACUAUUGCACGGUUUUCUACCUUCCAAGAACAACAGCUAGCCAGGAAAAUAUGGCAUGGAUGUGUCUUGAUGGACCGUGUUAUGUCUAUGACAUUUGGUCGACCGGCGAUGAUCUCGAAGAUCUCCAGUGGGGACGUUCCUCUCCCCGUCCUUGUUGACGAUGAGUUCAUCCCUGUCAACACCACUGCAGAGCCCACACAGCCCACACAGAAAAUUUCUAUUAUGGCGUUCUAUGCCAAAACGUUGGAACUAUAUGAAAUCAUGAAUGAGGUGCUUCUUAGUCUUCACAAGCCAAUCUCGGAUGAUGGCCCAGAUGAAACUCAUCAAUUCUAUUUCAAUAGUACUAACUCUGAUGGUGAACACACAAUAUUUGAACUUGAUCACUCGCUCACCCGCUGGGCGCAAACUCUGCCCGCUCAUUUGCGGGUUGGUUCGACAGCUGCAGUACAUAAUCCUGUUUUCUUUCGUCAAGGAAUUGUCCUGAACGCGAGAUUCUUGCACGUUCGCAUCCUUUUAUUCCGACCCAUAUUAUCGAAAUACUGUACUAUGCGCGAGAGCCUGAGAAGGAAUUCUACGAUCGCGAUCAGCGAUUCCUUGCCCCACCGGGUUGCAUUACAAUGCUCAAUUAUCUGUGUCAAGGUAGCCCAAGAAUCGAUCGAAAUGAUCUACAACAACGUCCCAGGCGAUGGCACAGGUGGUCCACUGCCGGCAUGGUGGUAUAAUAUACUUUACAUAUAUACCGCUGCAACGGUUCUUAUUGCAGGCCGUUUAUGUUCAACCAUAUCAGAAGAAAUAACGGACUCUUCAAUGACUCGUUCCUGGAAUUGUGCGCUAGAUAUCCUGCGCAAAUAUCAAAGCUACAGCUUUUCCGCCAGGCGCUGCGUCGCUGCGCUUGAAAUUCUCUACGAGCAGGUUGUCGCCGAAGGCCACCAACCUAAUGAGCAAUCAAAUAGCCACGGUCUACUGAACGACAUCUCAUUUGGGGAAGGCAUGAACACCGAAAUGAUGGAAGCUUUUGAAUUUCCAGACUUUCAAGACAUGUCUUGGCUCAAUAGUGUCCCAAGCAAUCUCUUCUAA